GGAUCUACAGCAUACAAACAUAAAUCGAUUCGUAGGCGCUUGCACCGUGGCCCCUAACAUCUGCUACAUCAUGGUCUACUGUAACAAAGGCAGCCUCGCAGAUGUACUGGAAAACACUGACAUUUCUAUCGAUGAGAAUUUUAAAUUAUCAUUUGCUUCAGAUAUAGUACAGGGAUUGCACUUUCUGUCAAAUAGUCCGAUGAAACAACAUGGCAACCUUAAGUCUUCAAAUUGUGUUGUGGACAGCCAUUGGACCUGUAAAUUAACCGAUUUUGGUUUGGUUGAAUUUAAAAAGAAUGAAGAAAUGGAAGACGAUAUAGAUGAAAACACAGUGUGCCGAAAAUUACUUUGGACAGCUCCUGAAAUAUUGCGUCAGAAAACUGCGACACCGUCAACAGAGGGCGACGUGUAUGCCUUCGGCAUCAUUCUUCAAGAGAUCAUCCUCCGGACCGGACCUUUCAGCAGCCUACUGGAAAUCGUUGAACCAAGGGAUUUAAUCCAAUCAGUGAGGUUCGGCGUUGUUCCGAAGGUUCGUCCAUCCGUCCCCAUGAGUUCAUGCAAGGAACAAAUGCUCAAACUGAUGAAAUCUUGUUGGGACGAAGAUCCACUAAAAAGACCAACAAUUCCAAAAAUCAAAUCAGAACUUAAACAGAUUUCAGGUGGGAGAAUAAGUAAUAUUAUAGACAAUAUGAUUAGUAUGAUGGAGAAAUAUGCAAACAACUUGGAAGAGUUAGUUCACAAUCGGACGUUACUGCUCGAAGAGGAGAAGCAUAAAACAGAGCAACUUCUUGGCCAAAUGCUACCGAGAUCUGUUGCCGAACAGUUGAAGAAGGGCCAGCAGGUGGAAGCGGAGUAUUUUGACGAGGUUUCUAUUUACUUCAGUGAUAUUGUCGGCUUCACAAAAUUAGCGUCAGAGAGUACACCUUUAGAGGUGAGAUAG